AGCAUAAAACACUUGUAAUAAAUAAGAUAUUUAUGCAGCAGGAAGCCGUUGCUAACAGCUACUAAACGCGGAGUGCAGAGUAAUCUCUCUUGUUUGUGUUUUUUCAUCUUUGGUCGCAUGCUACUUUACGUUAGCACAGCAGAUCCAUUUGAGAGGAGAGCAGUCAAAUUAUGGAGUAAAGUAGAAUCAUUGACGCUACUUUUAACCUGUAAGAUUCACAAGACAACCUUUGAGAUUACGUCCUGCUAACAACUCAUAUUUUGUGGCGUUAUUGUUGCUCAGUGGCAAACUGUAGCUUGUAUUAUUACAGUUAGGUUAGCUAGUAACGACACAGUGAGCUAUGUUUACAGAGCUCAACAGCAUCCUGAACACCACUCCGGACAGCUUCACACAGGGGGAGUUUGUUUUGCUCUCAGACAGACAGAGUGAUGCCUCUUUCCUCAUCCACCACUUCCUCUCUUUGUACCUACGAGCACGCUGCAGAGUGUGGUUUCUGGGUCUGGUGCAGUCCUUCAAUCAUUACAGUGCAAUCAGUCAGAGACUGGGUGUAAGCCUUGCACAAGCAAAGGAAAAGGGUCAGCUGGUUUUCCUGGAGGGACUGAAUGAGUCACUGUCUGUCUUAAUUCCUAAAGAAACUGACACAGAAAAUCAAGCCAUGGACUUCAUCAGGGAUCCUGCUGUUGGUCUGAAGGGUCUGUACGAGCUUGUCCGGUCAGGUGUGAUAAGUUGUGGUGGCGGAGAAGAGGAGGCAGAUGGUGCGGAGAAGUGGGGACCCCCGGUGCUGCUGGUUGAUGACAUCAGUGUGCUGCUGAGUCUUGGGGUGAGCGUUGGAGCCGUUCUGGACUUCAGCCACUACUGCCGAGCCACCAUCUGCACCCAGCUGCAGGGCAAUGUGGUCAUGCUGGUACGCUGUGAUGGAGAAGAAGAAGAGGAGGAUGAUGGAGAUGAUGAAGGCUCAGAGAGACUUCUGAAGGGCCUGACCCACCAGUGUAGCCUCACUCUUCAUGUACAGGGUCUCCCCACUGGCUACUGCAGGGACAUACAUGGGCAGGUGGAAGUGUGUUGGAGGAGGAGACAAGGUGAUGGACAUCACACACAGAAGAAACUCUUUCAGUACAAGGUCCAUGAUAAAGGAGCCUCCUUCUUUGCUCCUGGGACGUCCAGCGCUGUUCUCUAGCUCUACAUUUCAACAUCUUGUUUGCCUUUUGUCCCUUUUAAACUGACUGGUGUAAUUUAAUAUUACCACACAAUACAGAUGUUGGAUGUUGAGCUGCCAAAGCGGUUGGUGAGCUGGACAAAUUUAGUAGGCACAGCCAGGCUUUACAUUGGGAAGCUUGCUAGUACCGCCAAGCCAGCCUAGAGCCCAGACCGUCUGGAGGAAGGACGAUGUGUCAGCUGAUUAUCUGGCUCCAGACCUCUGAAUUGCUGACCACUUCUGAGAUGUUUUUUUUUAGGUUUUUAAAAAAGUGAGGAGGAAAGAAAAACUGGUAUGAACUUAGACUCAUGCUAUAUUAUGUCAAUAUUCAAUAAAAGUUGAAUGAGUGUUUGUGUGAUGACAUGCAAUGUGUGCUAUGAAUGCAGACUGUUUUGUGAUGGUGAGUGGACAUUAUGGACCGAUUGUAAUACUGUACACCAACAAAGAAAAUACAUUGGUCAAAGGGACUGCUGAUGUUAGGCCAAUGAAUAAAUAAGCUGUUUCUUUCCA